CUUGUAUUCCACUUGUAGAUAAUGCAGGAAAAUGGUUGUCCAAAGUUGCCAGAGCCUUGCUUGGACUCAAGACCCCUUUCUCUGGAUGAGGAAGGUCAAGCUGUGACAGAUGAAGAGGAUCUCAGUUCUACUGCCUUACAUGGCAUGCACUUUUUUCCCUUGCCCUGUCAAGGAAGUAUUUACAGUCUAGUCUCUCUGCCCAUCGUCGGAGAAAAGCGACAUCUCCUUGUCACCUCUGUAAAGAGGAAAGUGUUUUCAUCAGAAUUCAUCAGGGCUCCUGAUGGGGUCCUUCGGCCUUCUGCCAAGGAGAUUCAUUUCACCUAUAUACCAGGGAGCUCACAGAUAGUAUCCAUUGAUGCUUUCAACAAAAGCAAUUCAAUAGCUGAUUAUGUGGUCGGGAUCACGAUAGUGAAGGCUGUCGAGGAAGGGGCUGGUGAGAUGGGGCAGCAUUUGAAUGUCUACUCAGGCUGGGAGACGAGUUCUCAGAUCACCUUGGAUUCCAUUGCCCAAAACUGCACCUACAUACCUUUGGACUUUUUCCCCUAUCACCUAAAACAUGCUGAAAUCCCAAGUUCAGCUGAGGGAAAGAAGAAUCAGUCUCUUGAGUAUAUUGUCUUAAUGCGAGUGAGUGCAUUUGGGUGUGAAUCCGGUGAAGUGAGGGUAACAGUGUUUGCAGUGGAUCAGAUGGAGAUCUUACAGACAUGGGAGAUCACAAACAAUGGCCCUGUUCCACAAGUAGCCCUUUUUCAGUUUCCAUCUGAGUAUUUUGCAUUCAUUGACAGAGUGCAGAAUGCAGACAAAGAUAACAAGGAAGUCCAGCCUGAUUUUUCCCUGCUGGUCUGCAACACCUUCCAGGACUCUGCUAUAUAUAGGGAUGUUGGGAAGAAUGGUCUUUCAGCAGCUUGCCUGCUCCCCAAAAGUCAGGUUUUUGACUGUGUGACUUGCUGUUGUGUUGUGGAUCUGGACAUGGAUGGAGAAUUGGAACUCCUUGUGGGCACAUAUGGACAGGAGCUCCUGGUAUACAAGGAAGAUGAAGGAGAAAAGAAAUGGAGGCUGGCAUGGAGGAGGAGUUUUGCUGCACCUUUGCUCUCUAUCAGGUGUUGUGAUGUCACAGGAGAUGGCAUGCAAGAACUCAUAGUCCUUACCACCAGAGGUGUUGAAGUCCUACAGCAUGAUGUAGAGAAGAUUGGAGAAUUGCUGGCAAGAAGACUAGAGGAAUAUUCACAUCUCAACAUUGGAUCCUCAGACCUUCCUGCGAUCCCAGAAUCUGUGAUCACCUCGAUGAGACCUCUUGGCAUCACAAAUAGCAUCAUGUUGAAGGCAGCUAGCAUUGUGUCUCACACCACUGACCCUCCCUGUAUGUUGACAUUGGGGCAUGUUGAUCUGUGGAAGGGUCUGGUGGGAUUGGUAACGGGAGCUGCAUCAGGACUUGGGCGUGCAACGGCUGAGCGUCUGGUCAAGGAUGGAGCCAAAGUUGUCCUAUGUGAUCUCCCCACAUCGCAAGGAGCUGCAGUUGCCACUGCAAUAGGAAGCGAUGCCGUUUUCGCUCCAGUGGAUGUGACAUCUGAGGAAGAUGUGCAGAAGGCCCUUGAAACAGUGAAGGAAAAGUUUGGAAAAUUGGAUGUCACUGUAAACUGCGCAGGGAUCGGGGUUGCAUUCAAGACAUAUAACUUCCGGAAAGAUGCACCUCAUAGCCUCCAGGAUUUUACCAAAGUCCAAAUGGUGAAUGCAGUGGGGACAUUCAAUGUGAUUCGCCUGGCAGUUGGGCUGAUGGGAAAGAAUGACCCUGGAUCAGAUGGCCUACGAGGAGUGAUCGUUAAUACGGCAAGUAUUGCUGCAUACGACGGUCAGAUGGGCCAGGUUGCUUAUGCUGCUUCCAAGGGUGCCAUUGUGGGAAUGACUCUUCCAAUUGCCAGGGACCUUGCCAGUCAGGGCAUUCGGGUGGUCACCAUCGCUCCUGGGCUGUUCGAUACGCCUCUGCUCCAAGCCCUUCCGGAGAAGGUGCGGAUGUAUCUGGCCGAGACGGUCCCGUUCCCGAAGCGCCUGGGGAAGCCCGAGGAGUAUGCUCAGCUGGUCACUUCUAUCAUUCAGAACCCCAUGCUCAAUGGAGAAGUCAUCCGAUUAGAUGGGUCCCUUCGCAUGCAGCCUUAGUCUCUGCCAUCUGUCUUCCUACCAUUCUGGUCACUGUAUAUGAUAGUGCUGUGCAUCAACAUAAUAGAUAUUGUGGUUUUUGUUUCAUUUUCCCAAUAUUCUGUUGCACUUUUAUAUAAGAGCUAGAAUAAGAAGGAUAUUAAUCCUUUUUUUUUUCUCUUUCCUUGCUCGCUCUAUGAUUGGCAAUUUUGAUGAGGUCUAGAGUAAGCCAGAAUACAGAAUGCCAUGUGAGGUCCCAC